AUGGAGAGCGCUAAGUUUGCAGUGAUUCAGUCCCAGGUUUUGACUCCAAAGACUGAUGUUGAGCAGAGUAGUGUAGUUUCUGAUUAUACCCAAAUGGAUCAGACAUUGAAAGAAGAGGGAAAUUAUAUUCCGGGUAUGGUUAAGAAGAUUAAAGGUACUGACUGUAAUGAUGUGGAACGUGAUGAAAUUGAGUUCAUUACAAAGACAUUGGAUUGUUUGCCGAUUGCAAACAUUGAGCAUUUCAGGGCAGAGAAGUUGGGUUCCGUAGUUUGUGUUGAGAAGACUCUCUUUAAUCAAGUGUUAACAUUGUCCGAAUCUGGCCUUCUCUCAUUUGCAAAUGCCAAAAUGAAUGCUCAAUAUGCUGCACAUUUAGAGCGUGGUUCUAAUCUUAUACCAGCCUGCAUGGACUACAUAGCAGAGGAGGUUGAAGCUGCUCCCAAUGUAAAAGAACCCCCAGGUCACCUGAAGUCCGCAUGA